CCACCGAAAGAGGUCAGAUGGGGUUCAGAGUUCAGCCAUUCGGCUGGGUGACCAUCUCCAGACAAUUCUUCCUUUCACCUCCAUCCUUGGCACUUGCCAUUUUGCCAACCCAAACCCAAACCCAAUGCGAUCAUCCGAUUCCCCGAUGAUGUUCUAUUUCUGGGACGCAUAAACAAUCCGUCCAUAGACCUGCCCCUCUGCAGCUCCCGAAGAGCAACAAAGCUUGCACCGCCCAGCGUCCACACCCACCUUUGCCUUGCCCCCCACCGAGUUGCUCGAUCAAUCGCGAAAAGAUGAGCGCUCCGAGCCAAAUUUCACGUGCCUGACUUCCUCCUUGCUCUCGCAAAAACAGUACUGUAUCCUUUCUCUCUUUCCCCCGCCGAAUUCGACGUGCCUCCCCGUUUCUCCCUCCCUUUUCUUGAGCUCUCGGCUUGCUAUUCCAGUUCUUGGAUCACGGCUGCUGUCCCUGUGCCUCUCGAGUUCUCGGCCUGCUGGAAUUGGGAGCGGUAAUGGCGGAGCAGGUGGUGGCGGAUCUCCGGGAGAGGUGCGCGACGCCGGCUGCGCUGCUGUGGGACGUGGCGGCGGCGAUGGCCGACGAGAUGCGCGCGGGGCUGGAGGAGGAGGGUGGGAGCAGGGUCAAGAUGCUCCUCUCCUACGUCGAUAAGCUCCCCACCGGGAGAGAGGAAGGUUUGUUCUAUGGAUUGGACCUAGGAGGGACAAAUUUCCGUGUUUUGAAGGUGCAUCUAGGUGGAAAUGAUAAGCAUGUCGUUAACCGGGAGUCCAGAGAAGUCGCCAUUCCACCACAUUUGAUGUCAGGGAGCUCUUCGGAAUUGUUUGGUUUCAUUGCUUCUGAAUUAGCCAAGUUUGUUGCUGAUGAAGACAAGGGUAAUAGCUCAUCAAACGGGAAGAAACGAGAACUGGGAUUCACAUUUUCUUUCCCAGUGAGGCAACUGUCGAUUGCAUCGGGUACCCUUGUCAAGUGGACAAAGGCAUUUUCUAUUGAUGACGCUGUAGGUGAAGAUGUAGUUGCUGAAUUGCAAACUGCUAUGGAGAAGCAAGGUCUAGACAUGCAUGUGGCUGCUUUGAUUAAUGACGCUGUUGGGACAUUGGCUGGAGCCAGAUACUAUGAUGAAGAUGUUAUCGCUGGUGUGAUAUUCGGUACCGGUACAAAUGCCGCUUAUGUUGAGAAGGCAAAUGCUAUACCAAAAUGGGAAGGAGAGUUGCCCAAUUCAGGGGAUAUGGUCAUCAAUAUGGAAUGGGGUAACUUCUAUUCACCUCAUCUUCCAGUCACUGAAUACGAUCAAGCAUUAGAUAGCGAAAGCUUAAAUCCAGGAGAGCAGAUAUACGAGAAGUUAACCUCAGGAAUGUAUUUAGGUGAAAUUGUAAGGAGGGUGCUGCUUAAACUGUCUCUGCAGUGUGCAAUUUUUGGUGAUAUUGAUCACACUCACCUCAAAACUCAUUUCCUUCUGCGGACUCCGCAUAUUUCUGCAAUGCACCAUGAUGAAACUCCUGAUCUGAAGAUCGUUGCUGAAAAACUGGAAGAAAACCUAGAGAUUACAGGCACAUCCUUAGAGACACGUAAAAUAGUUGUCGAAAUCUGCGAUAUCGUGGCAAGAAGGGCGGCCCGGUUGGCUGCUGCAGGGGUUGCAGGGAUCCUCAAGAAGCUAGGGAGAGACGGCCCCACCGAAAAGCAUCGAUCGGUCAUCGCCAUAGAUGGAGGACUGUUUGAACACUAUUCCAAAUUCAGCAAAUGCUUGGAAACUACACUAUGUGAGCUGCUAGGAGAAGAGGCGUCAGAGUUGGUCGCCGUCAAGCACGUAGAUGACGGCUCAGGAAUAGGGGCUGCCCUGAUUGCUGCUUCCCAAUCUCGGUACAGAAAUACUGAAUAGUAGUAGGUGAAACUACUUGCCAAUACAUUUCUCUCCCCCUUCUGUGGGGUAAAAGAAAAAAUCACCUAGCUUUCCAGCACGUACAAUCUACCCAUGUUGGAAAUGUAAGAGGUCUAUAACCAUGUUGGAAACUUGAAACAAAAGGAGAGCUGACGUCUCAUUUAUCUCCA